CAUUUUCAUCACCAGACAUUCCAUGCACCCUUUUUAUAAACCCUUAAUACCUAAAGGUUACUGCCUGCAUCCUAGGGGAAACUCGUACGAUUUCGACAAAAACCUCUUAGGUUUCGGCCGACUUUUCAUCUUGCUUCAGCUUCAUCCUCCGUUGAAGUGAAAACGAAUCAGAAAUGUCUGAUGGCUUUUAUUAGUUUCGAGAAAGCAAUUAAGCAGUUCAGUCUGUUGAUGAUCUGAUUGAUAAUCGUUGAGGAAUGGGGGUUCCGUGUGGAAGUCUGCAAAGUUCUUCGCCUUGGAUAGGCACCGAGAAGAUUGACGGGCGAGUGAACGGGUUCCUGAGGGUUUCGCAGAGGUGGAAGAAGGAUUCCUCGCGGAAAGCGGUUCAUUUUAGUGAGUUGCAGUUGAGAAGUGAGUCGGCACAGCAUGGACCCGUUUCUUUGACGGUCUCUUACGCUUGUAAGGAUUUUCGCGUUCCAACCCUGCAAUCAGGAAAUUCUCCCAUGUCUUUUGAUGGAAAUUGGCUGUUAAAGAGCAAGGGAGAGGAGGUGGCCCCAUAUUUGAAUGAGCGUUGUAUAUUCCUAGUUGGAAUGAUGGGCUCUGGGAAGACAACAGUCGGCAAGGUUUUGUCUGAAGCUCUAGCUUAUUCCUUUGUUGACAGUGACAAAUAUGUUGAGGAGGCUCUAGGUGGAAGUCCUGUGACUCAGAUAUUUAAGCAAUUUGGGGAAAGUUACUUCAGAGACUAUGAGAGUGAAGCUCUGAGGAAUUUGUCUCUAAUGCCUAGGCAAGUUGUUGCUACUGGUGGUGGUGCAGUGGUCCGUGAUAUCAAUUGGAAAUAUAUGAAAAAGGGGCUCACCGUCUAUCUACAAGUUCCCUUGGAUGCUUUGGCACGCCGAAUUGCUGCCGUAGGCAUGAAUUCUCGGCCUCUCUUGGAUUUUGGGUCAGGAGAUGCUUACACAAAGAUAUUCAUGAGUUUGUUUACCCUGUCGAAAAAGAGAAGGCAGGCAUAUAGUAACGCAGAUGUAACGGUUUCUCUUCAGCACAUUGCAGCGCAAGAAGGUCUAGAAGAUUUAUCUGACAUCACGCCAUCCGCUAUUGCACUGGAGGUACUGGUGCAGAUUCAGGGCUUUCUGCUACGCAACGAAGAAGGCAUGUCCAUCUGAACAUUUCCCCAUUCACAUUAAGCAAAUAAAUAUGAAAAUAAGUUGGGUUGUCUUUACUCUAUCGGCAUCUCGUGUAGCUCUCCCUAUAUGGAUCCUAAUAAGUGCAAGUGUUGAUUCCCUUGCCUAUGCUCAGAAAGUGCUGAAUCAAAAUGGUUUUUUUUUUUUGUCGCUCCCUCGUUGUUUUCUUGUAUAGAGAUAUAGACGAACCAUCUCAUCAAUUGUGUGUUCAAGUUUCACUUGCCUCAAGCUCUUCUCGUUUGUAACGUUUUGACUCAUGUAA